AGAAUCGAUAUUAAUUAUUUUCUUAAAAGAUGUUGGGCCGCAAUUUGCAGCACAAUGGAAAAUCAUUAAAAGUAAGAAUCACAUAAUUAUACUGAGCAGCGUACGUACUGUAUAGAAUUUUCUUCGUUUUGGAGGUUAUAUUCAAAGUUGAGAAUCAAAGAUGAAGCAUAACAGGGAACUGAAGCCAUCGACCAACACAGUUUACAGUAAGUAAGUGUACAGUGUCAGAAAUACAGAUGGAUAUGGACUUCAACGUGAAGAAAUUAGUUCGGGACGCAGGAACAGCAAUCAGUCGUGUAGUGCAGUUAACAGAAGAAAAAUUAGGGACGUCUGAAAAGACAGAACUAGAUGCUCAUUUUGAAAAUUUAGCCGAGCGGUCAGAUACAACAAAAUUAUGGACAGAAAAGAUACUGAGAGACACGGAAGCCGUACUUACACCAAACCCAGGGAACAGGGUUGAAGACUUCUUGUUUGAAAAAAUAGAAAAGAAGAGACCAAAUCGGCUGACAAAUCUUGAAUACUUAGGAUUGGAUAUGAUUGAGGCAGGGAAUGAAUUUGGUCCAGGUACAGCCUAUGGAAGCGCAUUGGUUAAGGUAGGACAGUGUGAACAGAGAUUGGGACAGACUGAAAGGGAAUUCAUUAGUUCCGCUGGACAGUGUUUCAUACAACCCCUAAGGAAAUUUCUGGAUGGUGAAAUGAAAACAAUUCUGAAGGAAAGAAGUCUCUUGGAGAGCAAAAGGUUGGAUUUGGAUGCUUGUAAAAACCGGCUACGUAAAGCAAGAAGUAUGCAUUCACAGCAGAAUGCGGAGAAAGAUUUAAGAGUAGCUCAGUCAGAAUUUGAUCGGCAGGCGGAGAUAACGAAGUUGCUACUGGAAGGCAUUAGCAGCUCCCACGCUAGCCACUUACGCUGCUUGCACGAAUUUGUUGAGGCACAAGUCAGAUACUAUGACCAAUGCCAUCAUAUUAUGCAGGAACUCCAACGUGAUCUGUCAAGCCUUUCUCUAAAAACUCCGGGAGCGACUCCUUUUCAGGCAACUACUUCUCACACAGAAAAUCACCAUGAAACCCCGAAAAGUGGUUACCAGAGAGCACGAGUUUUAUAUGACUAUGAUGCCAAGGAUGCCACUGAACUGAGCCUGAUGGCAGAUGAGGUGAUCACCAUUUGUGAAAUUUCUGUUGAUGAAACAGAUUAUUUCAUGGGGGAGAGAGGCAAUCAGAAAGGAAAAGUACCAAAGGCGUUCUUAGAAAUAAUCAAUCCAUAAAAGAAAUGCAGAUACUUGCUCAACUAAUAGCAAUAUUGUCACAUAGAGUGCAUCCAGUUAUGUUAUAUUUGCCACCAGUAAGAAAGAUGCAACAAGUUUUUGAAAGUGCCAGCACAGUGGGUGUGUGUGGAGAUGGGGGAUUUUUUUUUUUUUUUUUUUUGGGGGGGGGGGGGGGUCACUUACAUGCACCUAUGUUCAGAAGAGAAGAAAGGUUUUGGAUAAAUGUAGUCUAGAGCUUUACUGAAAAUGUAGUUAUAGUAAGAUAUUUGAGAACGACAGCUGAGAGAAUGGAAAGGAAAUAACAUUCCACAAUCUAAGUUUAUUAUUUCUCCUCCAUGGGAGUAGCCAUGGAGGAAUCACCACCUUCAUUUCCUAUAACUGUUGUUACUAUUUGGAUUUGUAUAUGACACUUAUAUUCAUUUGGUCUGUGGGAUACUAAACAUCACAUUAAAAAAUCAUAUAUGUUACACUGGCGUCUACAUUGCUGUUGCAAAAUCUGCAAUACAUUCCUUUACUUCAUUAAAUCCAACAAUUAUGUAAUUACUAUGCAUAAAAUUAAUGUCCAAUAUUUAUUAAUGUAAGUGGGUAAUGCCAACUUCUAUCAACUACUGUCCACAAAAAUAUUGUUUGGUGUGUGGAAAACCAAAUUCCGAAAAAUUUGUAGUGAGUAUAACAUGGAUAUGGAUUUAUGUGUGUACCUUUACUCAUACAUGAACCUACAUUCAGUAAUACAUUUUGAGAAAAAAUAUAAGCUCUGGACUUUGUUUUCCUUGGUAAAAUAUGUUUUAACUCUUAUUGUGUUGUUUGUUAUUCUAAUAUUUAAAAAAAUGACUAAUGUAGCAGUGUCAUGUCAUGUCCUGUUACAUUUUGGUGUAACUCAUAAAUAAACUGCCUUAUAACUUUAUGACAACAGAAUGUAAAAUUGUAUCUUUCCAGUCAGAUAGUGUUGGUAUUAAUCUGGAAAUAACUGAAAGUAUAAAGUGAUGAAAGACUGAUUUUCUAAAAGUAAAGCUGAAAAUGACAACUGAUUUGUAAAUGAAAGCUAUUGAUGUUUUAUUUCAAUCCAUUCCGUAACAAAGAAGGUAAAAUAUUCCCAGUAUGGCAUAUAUGCCUAAAGUAUUAUUUUUUAUUGUUUUUAUUGGUAUGUCACACACUGUUUAUAACACCAGACAAAUUAAUCUUGUUGCUGUAUUGCUUUGUAUGACGUUAUUUUGGCACAUAGUCAGUCUCGAAAUCUGUGAAUAAUCUAAUGAUGUAAAUAUCAAAUUCCAUAUACUAUCACACUGUAGAAUAUUCACUCUUUUUGGCAAAAAGUACAUGUCAUUAAUACAACUUUAUAGGCAAUAAAAUCCAAGCAAUAAAAAUUGUAGAUUACAAUGUUUCCCAGCACUCAGGUACCAUUUGUAUAUAAACAAUUACAUAGUUUUCUCUGUGACUUCAUAUUCUUCUCUAUGUUGUCAGUAACUUCCUUAUAAAGUUUAAGAAGAUACUGAGAAACAGUCACAUAUAUUGUGUGUGUGUGUGUGUGUGUGUGUGUGUGUGUGGCAGAAUGACUCUGUAUGUCAGAAAGUUAAGCUUAAGUAAAGAAAGAAAAUAACUCAUGCAAAAAGCAACUACAUGUUUUUGUCUACCUUUGCUCAGGUUUGGCAAUUAAACAAAUAAAUUUUCACUGAAAGUGCAUGUUGUCAAGUAUGGUAUCAUUUUAGUCCCAGUUAAAUUGUAUGGAGAUUUUGAUACUCCUGAUUUAUAUGAAUUUUAAGCUUAUAUAGUUUUUUAUUUUGUGAAGCCAGAGUUUAUUGUGUAUUAUUUUUAUGGAUAAAUAAGUAGAAAAAUAAGUAUGUAGUACACUGUUUUAUAUGAAGUAGCCUGCUGAAGUGAUGUCCUACUUGUUUGUUGCAGCUCAUAUGAAUAAACUAGACAGAUGCACAUCAGAGAAGGGCUGCUACCUAUACACUACUUUGUUUUUCAAUGUAUUUCAUUUAGCAAUGUGAUGAAAGUUUCCAUCUCCUGAGUACAGGAUAUAUAUUACAUGAUUCUCAUGAUAAUUAUUUUCUAAAGGCUUAGCUCUAUCAUUGCAACAAUAUCACUUAAUCUCAUGUGUCACUUCAAGGUUUCCUAACAGGCCUUAACAUGAAUUCAGCUCUUUAUGAUGACCUUCAUUCAUAUUCAUACUUCCAUUGCUUCUAGCCUCUGUUUAUCUAUUCGACUCAUUGACUAGCUCUCACAUCUCAAGUAAGAAAAUUCCAAACACUUUCUUUGCCUUGAUGUUGAUGUAUAUACUCAUCAAGAGACUUUCCUUCACUUGGGAUGCACAUCUGGCAGUGGUUACCCACAAUUUCCACAACACAUUUUUUAUCAUCAGAAUUUGUACUCCCUAAACAGUAAAACUUUUUCAACUUGUCCACUUGCUGAUUUUCUAAGUACCACAUUUGUAGUGAUUUGUUGACUCACUGCAGGUAAACAUGUUGAUCAAGUAUGGUGAAAGGGGGCAAUUUUAUCUGAUUUCUUUCCUGAAUAUAGUUCUUCCUUAAAUAGUUAUGUCUUCUGCUUCCUGUGUAGUUCCCUGGUGAACCUUCUAUCAUUCUCAUCAAUUCUCAUGCUCCACCUAAGGCUGAAUGUCAGUUCCAGUAUAGCACAUUAAAGUUCUUUUGCAAAUCAAUAAAAAAUUGCAAAAGUCUUUCUGUUUGUUGCCUGUCGACACUCUGGUAUUAUCCACAAUGAUUAUAAUGGCUGUCACAGUUCUCAUGCUGAAUCAAAUCCAUCAUUCUUUAAGCAAAAUUUACCUUUUUUUUGGUUCAUUAUUACAUUAAUUACGUAGGAAUGUCUUUGGUGUAUAAAAUAAUAGAGUUAUUGUUUUAUAAUUACUACUGCUGAUCAUAGUUUCUUUUUUCAAUAAGACUGUUGUUUUAGUCUGACACCAGUCUUUGGGAAUUUUCUCUUCUUCAAAGCAGUUGAUAAUUAUUUUGAACAAGGUAGUAAUCACUUCUCAAUCUCCUUAUUUUCAGAAAUUCUUAUUCUAUGUCGUUGAUAUCCAUUACUAUUGCAUCCAUCAUAUUGUGCAGAACUUGUUCAAAUUCGUCUUUGGUGAAAGUGGAAAGUUUCCUGAGCUUUCAUGAUUUCUUAAUCAUUAUACAUAUCUUGUGCGGAUUUUUUCCAGCAUGCACAUUUCUUUGCUGUCAGUUGGUAAGUUCCAUUUUUUCUGCAAUACCAGAUGCCCGCUUUUCAGUUGCUUAUGUGUACAUAUAUAAAAUAAAAUUUAGUAAUUCUAAUGUAAGCUUUCAGACUAUUCUGCUUAGGUUUUUUCUGGUCUGUAUGAGAUACAGUAUCUCUUUAUGUCAACCAAGAUUUUCUUGGCUGCAGCUUUGUCUUGUAUGUUACAUCAUCUACAGCCUUUAAACUCCCAUACUUUAUCUGGUUCAAAUUGCAGUUAUUUCAUCUUAAGUUGUGUGUGAUUUCUUAAUUAUAUGGAAUUUAUAUUUUGUGUGUACUCUUAAUGAUUUUCUGAUUUUCUUGAACCUCAUACUAUCCUUAGCCACAACUGUCCAGAUCUGGAUCCAGAUAACUAUGGCUUGAUAGUACUUGGCUUCAUAACAUUCCCUGCCUAAAAUGGAAUGUCUCUGUACCUUGCUGAGGUUACCAGUAGUUGUACACAUAUACUGUCUUCAAUUUUGGAACUUUGAUGUACAAUUUUAUCAUCAUCAUAUGUUGAUCACAGAAUUACAGCAGUCUUUUACAGCUCUCAUUCUGAUCUGUUCUGCCAUGCCAGCUACUUCUAUAGCCUUAUCCUUCCUGUAGAAACCAACAAAAGCUCUGAAGUGAAUAAUUAUAAUAAUCUUUUGUUGCCUUUGUAAAAGAGUAAACCAUCAUUUGUGUAAUAAAUAUUGAUGUUCCUGAAGUUAUGUUUGUUGUCAUAGUGUACUGUAAGAUUAUUCACCAAUAUAUCGUUUGAGAUACAUUGAACAGUGCCUAUGCAAUAAAGGAGGUAGUGAAUAGUGUAUGGAGCCUUCCUACUGUUGAAUGUAAUUUAAGAAAUUAAUAUGUAUAUGGCAGCAUGAGAAAAUUGUUCAUAGAUUGUUAAUGAUAAUGGAGAUAUAUACAGUAGCACGUUGACAUUACUAUUAGUGUUUAAGACAAAAAAUUCUACCAUUUGUAAAUGGAGUAAUAAUAAGGACUUGCUGAUUUAUUUAAAAAAACAUGUAAUGCUCAAGAUAAUUCAUGUUUCAUUUGUACAAUGGGGAGACUUUUUUUUGGAGAGGGUGGGGGAGGGAGAGGUGGUUGCAUUAGGUUAAUUCAGAUACACGCCAUUUAUAUUAUAUUUGAAUGUGGACUUGGACUUUGUGGCGUAUACUGCUGAUGAAAUCAUCUCCGGCUUCUGUCCAGAUGGAUGAGUUGAUGUUCUGUGGUGUUUCAGUGAGUGUCACUCUCAUCAUCUUCUGGAGAAGUGUCGAGAUUGUGUGGGCAUCUCGUACAUAUAUAUCCCUGAGUGGUGACUGACUCUCCCUACCCCUUUUCCCAUACACAGGUUUCAGUCUCACCCAGACUCACGAAGCAUCAACAACUGGAUGCAUUCUUGGUGUAAAGGUGCUAAUGCAGGGUACCAUGGUGAACUUAGCUGAUAGCCCUCAUCCUUGUGUUUCCAUUGGACCUUAUCUCAGUGGAUUCUUUGAUGAUACUCUCCCAAAUCCGCUAGCUCAUCACAACAUUUUUGUUUUACUUAAAUUCAAAAGUACGUCCCUCAUUGAGCUAUGUUCUGCCACUGCUGAUUCAUCUUUAUACACCAAUGUAUGCAUCUAAUAUGUUCCAUGCAGCUUUGCAUGAUGCAGUGCUGUGUUUGCCCAGUGUGCUUGUGACCAUAAUUGCAAGGAAUCCUGCAUAUACCAGAUAUUUGUAGUUUUAGUUUUACUGAUCCAAGCAUAUCCUGCAUUUUUCAUGGUAGUCAAAAGAUGUCCUUGAGUUGUUUUUUCCAAAGAUUUCUCACAAUUUUUCUGAGAGAGGCCCAAUAUAGAGGAUAAAGCAAGUUUUUCUACCUCUUUAUUUUCCUCUAUUUUGCAGAGACUGUACCAUUCAUUUUCUUCAGUGCACAUCUAAUCUGCACUUCGCUGUACCCAGCUGAAAGGCUGCCUUUGUCAUAUAUGGCAUGUGUCUUGUGUGCUAGAGUGGUUAGAACAGUGUACUGCUGCACCAAAUGAUGACGGGUCUUUGCAUAAAGGUACAGAUCUGUGUGGGGCUUCCAUCUGUAUACUGCAUGUACAUCCGCUUGUCUUAUUAUUAAAAUAUCUAAAAAUGGAAUUCAGCGAUUGAGUUCUAGCUCCAUUUUGAACUGUAUAUUUUGAUGGGUGCUGUUCAUAUGGUUCAAGAACUUGUUCAAGCCUCUCCGACAUGUUCCCACACAAUAAAACUGUGACCUACAUAAUUUAAUAAGUUUUUGUGUUUGAGCCAUGCAGGUUUUAGUGCCAUCUAUUCACAGUGUUCCAUGUGGAGACUGGCUGUCUCAGGGGCAAGUGGUGAGCCCAUGUCUACUCUGUCAGCCUGUUCACAAAAUUCCCGACUGCAUUUGAAGUAGAUCGUGAUUAUUAUAUGUUCACUGUUUUGGGCUCAAAAUGAUCUGUUAAGCGUACCAAGGAAUCUUGAAGUGAUACUCAUGUGAAAAGAGGUGUCACAUCAAAGCUCACCAGGAGAUCGUCCUUCUGUAGCGACAUCUCUUCCAGCAAGGCCACAAAAUCAGCGAGGUUCUUCACUCAGUGACUGGAGAGUCCCACUAUGGGUUUCAGAAGUGAGGCUAGAUACUUGGCCACUCCAUAUGUGGGUGCAUUAUUAAUGUUCACUAUAGGACACAGUGGUAAACCUUCUUUAAGAACUUGAUCAGUCCAUACAAGUGUGGAGGUACUGGAUAGAGUUGCUUCCUAUCUUUUUUCAUCAGAGUUGACUUGUGAAGCAAAGUUGUUGUUUUCUCAUUAUCAUUGGUGCUGGGUAUUAAAUACUUUUAUCCGUUACACAGAUGACACUUUCACUCUGUAGAAAUAUGGCAGAGAGACCCUGAAUAAGUUCCUGGACCAUCUGAAAACUGUCCACCAAAACAUACAAGUUCACAGUGGAGCUAGAACAAAAUGAAAGUCUUCCAUUUUUGGACAUUCUAAUAAUAAGAAAAACAGUCUACAAGAAGAAGACCAAUACAUAUCAGUAUCUUCAUGUAACAAGCUGUCAUCAUCCAACACAAUAGUUCAUGCUCUAACAAUUCCAUUGCACAGGGCACAGGCCAUUUGUGACAAAGAAUGUAACACCCUAGAGAUGUUUUUCGUCAAAAUGGGUGCACUGAAGUGCAGAUUAGAUGUGGUUUGAAGAAAAUGAAAAAAGGGGUAGAGGAGGAGGAAGAGAAACCCACCUUUCUCCUCUCUAUAUUGGGCUUCCCUCAAUAAAGAUUGUGAGAAUUGUCAGAAAAACAACACUGAGACCAUCUUUGUCACCACAAGAAACAAAAACUAUGCUUGAUUUAGUAAAGGACAAUCUGAAACUGAAAAUACCCAGUGUAUACAGCACGCUUUGCAAGUGGUACUGCCAGUACAUCGGACAAACACAGUGCUGCAUCUCACAAUGCUGCAUGGAACAUUUGUACAUAUAUGUGUGGGGCAUUUUGAUGCAGCCACCUGGAUGGAAGCCCAAGAUAAUUUCAUCAUUUAUAUUAUAGUUUUGCAGCUGCAACCUCUAAAGGUCAAUAAUUUCAUAACUUUGGCUGUGAUGUAUAUAAAUGUUAAACAUGUAAUUUAAUUUCAUACUAUGUGGAUAUGUGCUAUCUAAACAUCAUUUGUUUUUUCAGCCUUUAAGGUUGAGCAUUCAUUUGUGCUGUGACCUCAGAGGCAAUACGUUGAUGUAAUCAUUUGUCAUGUAGGUAGCUCGGGCAUAAAACUCAACAUUUCAAUGUUCAUAUUAUUUCAAGAAGAAAACCUAUUUUGUUGUUUUCUUUAAGCAAGCUGUAUUGUCUGAUGUCAAGGAUUCUGCAAUCCAGAUAUAUGUUCUCUGAUACUACCUGCUGAUGGAAACAGUGGAAUAAAACUUUCUAUAAUUCUUUGCACACAA